GUGUUCCCUUUAACAUAUAUCCACUCCCCCUUUGAUUGACAAAACGUUACCUUCCGAGUUGUAGAGUUUUAGAGCACACAGCGCAUUUCAUACAUUAUUGUGAAAGAUUAGCUUAUCAACUACCAAGGCAAUUAUAAUGACAACUUUUCUAACCAGCAUCUUUUUUGUGUUGAUGUGUAGUUCAUGUUCCGCUUACUUUACAGUGACAUUACCUAAUACAGGUAAUACAGUAGUGGGUAUAGGAAAUAAAGUCAAAUACAACACAAACGUCCUUACCAAUCCCGCUACAACAGUUAGUGGGUAUGAUCCCUCUACGGGUAUUUUCACAGUUCUAUCAACAACAGCUGGAGGAGCUGGAGCUGGAGCUGGUGUUUACUCGCUGUCUGUGUCCAUGAUGGUCGAUGGCACUAAACCCACCCACCUUACCCUUAGGAAGGGUGCAGAAAUUUUGGUGUGGUUAUUCGCUCAUCAAAGAUUCAACAUGGCAUCCCAAACUAUCAACGUUAAUCUGGUAGAGGGUGAUCAGAUUUUUGUACAAAUGAACACUGGGAACGAACUGUUUGAUGUUUACAACACUUUCAGCGUAGCUAAGGUAGCAUAAAUGUGAGAUAAUAAUUCAUCAAAUCAGCCUAAAACAUAUAAUGGCCUAAAAAUGCUAUUAAAAACAGUUUACCAUU